UCUUUUCAGCUCGGAUGUCUGAAAACUCCUAAAACCCCAAAGCAGCCAGACCAGUACACACACCAUUUUGCUUGUCAAUGGCCGCCGCCGCCGCCGAUCCCCUCGUCGCCGGCGCCACCGUCUCCUCCGACUCCGACUCCGACUCCGACGAUCUCCACCUCCUCCUCCCGAAUCUCCUCCCUUCCGCCGCCACCGCCGCAUCAGACGCGCAGCUCCACCACUUCCACCUCCCCGCGCUCCCGUCCCCUAUCACCGUCCGCACCCUCCCUUCCCUCGGCCUCACCUUCCAGCUCUGGCCAUCGGCCUCCACCCUCCUCCGCGUGCUCCCCGCCUCGCCGCUCCUCCUCUCGCGCGCGCCCACCCCGGAGAGCCCGCUGGGCAUCCUCGAGCUCGGCUCCGGCACCGGCGCCGCGGGCCUCGCCCUGGCCGCGGCGCUGCCCGCCCACGCCGUCCUCUCGGAUCUCCCCGCGGCGCUCCCCAACCUCCGCCACAACGCGUCCCUCAACGCGCCCCUCCUCGACGCCCGCGGCGGCUCCGUCUCCGUCGUCCCGCUCCCGUGGGGCGACGCCGCCGCGAUGGAGGCCGUCGCUGCUCCGCCGCCGGCUUCUCGGUUCGACCUCGUCGUGGCGUCGGACGUGGUGUACUACGAGGCGUUGGUUGACCCCUUGAUUGAGACGAUGCGGUUCUUCGUCAAGGGGGAGGUGGUGUUCGUGAUGGCGCACAUGAGAAGGUGGAAGCGCACGGACAAGAAGUUCUUCGCCAAGGCGAGGAAGCUGUUCGACGUCGAGGUGGUACACGAGGACCCGCCGCUCGAAGGGUGGCGCCAUGGCCCGGUGGUCUACCUCUUUACCGAGAAGAAGCGGCGUGACAAGAAGUGAAGAAGCUCUUCCAAAAGGUAAUGACUGCCUGCUCGAUUGUGUUCGUCAUGUGUUCUUUCUGUUUGUUGUGAAAGAUCAUACUGUUAGAAUUCAAACAGAGAAAAAAAACUGAGGGCCAAAACUUGGUUGUGUGGUUGCAUAUGGAUUUGGAUGUGUCAGGUGCUAUCCUUUGUUUUAUUUAUGGAUUCUAGUUAAUUCUCAUGGAGUCACAAUGAAGUUUAGGAUUUCACUAUCUUAGAAUAACCAAUCUAAUAAUAGACGAUAUGAUUAUGAGGUGGUAGUAGCAGUACAGGACUUUAUGAUUGGCAAGGGACUGCCGAAAUUUGUAGUUUGAACAAGACAAAGUUUUUGGUUCUCAAGAACACAAGUCUAGCAUGUCUUCGUACUAGCACUUCAAAUGGUGAUGGACGGUCUCUAGAGAAAAGAUCAAUGGCACAAUUCCUCUGCAUGCAAGGAAGGAAUGACAUAAAACAUUAUGUUACUUAACAUGGAAAGUUUUUUGUUCUUUUGUGUUACUUUUAUGGAA